UCGCCUAAACAUCCACAAGUCAGGAUCCGCGAAUUUUGUGUUUUGAGCGUGCUGCAAACCGCACAAAAAAUAACCGAUCCACAGAUCCGAAAACAACCAAGGAUUUCCUCCACGAAGGACUAACCUCCAAAACCUCAGCAAAGAAGUGGGUGACAGUGGUGUUAAAAGGUGAACACGGCUAGCAAAUUGCAUUAGUUGGAUGACGAGGCUCUAGCCAGUUCCCAGAAAAGAACAAAAAAAUGCUAAAACCAGCUAGCAAGCAACACUUGUUGGCACUUUUUAGCUUAUUAUCAGUUGUACAGCAGUGUUUUGGUGUCAGCCACUGUGAAGCAUCGCUACCUCAACAUGUCCAGCAUGGAACCGAGUGCUAUAAUCGUCGCCUAACUGCCCUUGCACAACGACGAGCCAUCUUUUCUCUUACAAAACCGACGCAGCAGUUUCAGUAUCCCCGACUCAAUAUGUCCAUAAAUGAAUACUUAGCAUUCCUGAAAACAGAGCCUUUCUGGGGUGUGCAUACACAAUUACAACAUGGUCUUUUUGUAGCAACUAAUAUUACUUUAAAUGGAUAUCUGAAAAAAACGAAGAACCUUCCUGAUAUACCACAAAUACCAGAGUACCAGCAACUAAUUGAUGUUUUUGCAGGCGUUCCUAUUAAGUUGUUUGAGCAUUUUAUACGCAAACCUUCGGAAAGCGAGCUUUUUCAAAACGACUCAAGUUCGUGGAUAACAGACGAGUUAUUUGCAGAACAGCGCAUGGCUGGUAUAAAUCCAAUGACGUUAAAACAGGUUACUUUAUCCGGCGAUCGAGGAAUGAACUGGGAUGAACUUAAAAAAACUCUUAACCCSGACUUUGACUGGGAGGAUGCAUUGGAGCAGUCGUAUGGUAGCUGUGUACCUGAUAAUGGCGAGAAGAAAAAAGGCAAGAGCAGCUUAGAAAAGGCUAUAAAAGACGGUCGCAUAUUUGUUCUUCGUCAUAGACUUUGUGAUGAUAUUCCAAUAAGGCCUGACCUAGCCCAGCCAUCUGGAGAUCACCCAAAACGUGACUURUGGCCACUUCAUUCUCCUAUCGCCUUAUUUGUAUCGGCAAAGUACCGCGAUAAGAGCGACCGUAAGAAUAAUCGUUGUCUUAAACCGUUUGCAAUUCAAAUGGAUUACAAACCAGAGUCCAAGGUUUACACGCCACGGGAUAACUGCGCAUGGACUUUGGCGAAACUAAACGUUCAGCUGACCGACCUCCUUCACGCACAAYUAGUUGAACAUCUUAGUAAAGUACACUUUGUUGUAGAAGUCUUUUGUAUUAGCAUGGAAAGACAUCUAUCAAAGUACCAUCCUUUGUUCAUUAUUAUGAGGUACCAUUGCCGUGGUGCUGUUACAUCUAAUACGUUUGGUGCACCGACCCUCAUUACACCAAGAGGUGCCGUUGAUCAGCUUUUUCCAAUAGGAUGGCAAGGAACGUUUACUCUGGUCAAUAGAGCAGCAACUACAAUCGAUUGGGAAGACAUGGACCUUGUCAACGAUUUGAAGAAACGUGGUGUAUACAAUAAAAAGCAUCUAACAUACUACCCGUAUCGUGAUGAUGGAUUGGUUCUUGAUAAAGCUAUCAAAAACAUGGCGAAAGACUACAUCAAUGCGUACUAUAACACCGACUACGAUGUAUACGCCGAUCACGAGCUGAGAGCAUAUGUGAAUGAGGUUUCAAGAGACGGAAAUGGAACGUCUGGAGGAGAAGGAAAUAUUAAAGGAUUCCCUGCCAUCGUCAGGACAAAGAAAGAACUGAUUGAURUUAUCAGUCGUAUGAUAUGGUUAAUGACUUGUCAGCAUGCAGCAGUCAAUUUUCCUCUCAGUGACUACGCCGCGUACCCGCCUAAUGCACCAACUAAACUGUACAAYGAUUCACGUGGACCUGAUAUGAAGUUUUCCAUUUAUAACCUACCAUACAGAGUUACAGCAGCGAUUCAAAAUCGCAUGUUUGUCAAUUUAGGCGUGCUACGCCUUGACCGCUUGUUCGAUUAUGGUCAGCAYCUKACUGAUAAACGUGGUCGCGACGUUCUUUACAAACAUUAUUUCCACCUGUUGGAUAAGGUCGAACCACUUCUYGACAAGAGAAACAAAAUGAGAUUUGACGGAGGACAUCUUACAUAUCCGUAUUUUCUUCCAAGAUGGCUUCCUAAUGGCGUACAAACAUAAUAACAUCCGUCAUAUCAAUAUCUAUCAUAUAAUUACAAACUAUCUAUAUAUCUCUAUAUAAUCGCUAUAUCGUGCAAUAGCCAUGUAACAUUACACUUUUUUAUAUUCUGGUUCUAAGGGAUAAAAAUAAAAAUUUGUCAAAAAAGUUCAAUUAAACUAUGGGUUUAAUUAUU